UCGCCACCGAGCAGGUGCCUUGAAAACAAAAUCUCUUUUUUGCUUAAAAAAACAACUAAACAAACAAAAAAAAAUAUUAAUAAAAAUUCACCUUCUUUUUUUCCGGAAUGGAGUUCCCCACUUUCCCCCCGGGUGACAUGUACGUGUCGUUACCUCCCUUCAAUUCUACCAUCUCCGAUGCGCUCCUGCUGGGGUCGCCAAGCGGGAGCAACGGAACCGACACGCCCGUGGCUCGGGAGUCUCGGGACACGGCGAGGGUCGUCAUUGCCAUUAGUAUCACCGCCCUCUACUCGCUCAUCUGCGUGGUGGGACUGCUGGGCAACAUCCUCGUCAUGUACGGCGUGGUCAGGUACACCAAGAUGAAGACGGCCACCAACAUCUACAUCUUCAACCUUGCUCUCGCGGACGCCUUGGCCACCAGCACCUUACCCUUCCAGAGCGCCAAUUACCUCAUGAGCACGUGGCCUUUCGGGCAGCUGCUGUGCAAAGUGGUCAUCGCCAUCGACUACUACAACAUGUUCACCAGCAUCUUCACGCUCACCAUGAUGAGCGUGGACCGCUACGUGGCCGUCUGUCACCCCGUGAGGGCCCUUGACUUCCGCACGCCAGCCAAGGCCAAGAUCAUCAACAUUUGCAUCUGGAUGCUGUCCUCCGUCGUAGCCGUCCCUGUGAUGGUCAUGGCUGUUGCCAAGGUGACAGACAAAGGCAACGUGGAUUGCAGAAUCCUUUUUCCCAAACCGGAGUGGUACUGGGACACCAUGACAAAAAUCUGCGUGUUCAUCUUCGCCUUUCUGGUGCCCGUCUUGGUCAUCACCAUCUGCUACGGUCUGAUGAUCCUGCGCCUCAAGAGUGUACGUCUCCUCUCCGGGUCCAAAGAGAAGGACAGGAACCUGCGGCGGAUCACUCGGAUGGUCCUGGUGGUCGUGGCGGCCUUCAUCGUUUGCUGGACUCCCAUACAUAUCUUCAUCAUCGUCAGGACCAUGGUGAAAAUUGACCACAACAACCUCCUGGUGAUGGCAAGCUGGCAUCUGUGCAUCGCUCUGGGCUACACCAACAGCAGCCUCAACCCGGUCCUGUACGCCUUCCUGGAUGAGAACUUCAAGAGGUGUUUCAGGGACUUCUGCUUGCCCUAUCGCACCCGCAUGGAGCAUAACAGCUUCUCCAGGGGUCGCAACAGCGCCAGGGAGCCAAUGUCCGUUUGUGCCCCCGCUGCCACGGACAGACCGCCCGCAUGACUAGGCGUGGACCAAUUAGGGAUCCAGGAGGACCUUCAGACGGAAGUCACACAGUUCUCCACCACAGGAGUGUGAGCGUAAAUGUUGGCGUUUAUUCCACCCUUUCUUGUAGCUCUAGACAGUACGGAGGCUGUUCGGUGGUCGUCUUUUGGAGAUGUACAAAAUGCCAAAGUGUGCCUGCAGAGCCUAAAAUAAUGAAUAUAAAUGUACGUAACAAAGAUGAGUGACAAAUUGAAGGAAAGAAACGUGAAUGUAUACUUGUCCUUAUAAUAGUCAACCGGAAUAUUGUUUAAAAAAAUACUGACAGUAUAUGUUACAAACUCAAAAAAAAUAAUGCUUACAUAAACUAUAUUUUAAAAGUGAAAGUGUGUAAUACCACUAGUUUCUAUGGUAAUACCAGAAGUUUGUGUGUUAGCUUUAAACUAGCUUUAGGUCAUAAAAACAACCAUGCAAAUGUCACUCGCACAAACCCCUUUCAACAUUUUAAAAGCUAUGUUAUUAUGUUAUUGCUUCCCCAAUGCAUAAGUAAGUACCGUUAAAAAAUAAUACCUAAGUGGACGUUAGCUCCGCAUUGAAAUAUCUGCUGAUGCUACAUUAAAAUCCCUAAUUAAAAGGAUCAAAAUCUCUGAGGUGGUGGAACAGUCCUACUACUAUUAUCAAAAAUGUGCUAAAUACUACACGCACACACAACAUAACGUCAAAGUGAUUCAUUAAAAAACUAACAACCUUCACCUUGCUCGCACGUGCCGCAGUUUCCAGGCAAAAUGCGCGCCUAAAUAUAGGCCACACCCUCGUAAUUUUUGGACACGUUUUAUUUAGUAAAUUUAUAUUGUUUGCAUAUAAAUUUACUAAAUAAAACGUGUCCGACACGUUUUAUUUAGUAAAUGUAUAUUGUUUGCAGGGCUUCACGGUGGCAGAGGGGUUAGUGCAUCUGCCUCACAAUACGAAGGUCCUGCAGUCCUGGGUUCAAAUCCAGGCUCGGGAUCUUUCUGUGUGGAGUUUGCAUGUUCUCCCCGUGAAUGCGUGGGUUCCCUCCGGGUACUCCGGCUUCCUCCCACUUCCAAAGACAUGCACCUGGGGAUAGGUUGAUUGGCAACACUAAAUUGGCCCUAGUGUGUGAAUGUUAGUGUGAAUGUUGUCUGUCUGUCUGUGUUGGCCCUGUGAUGAGGUGGCGACUUGUCCAGGGUGUACCCCGCCUUCCGCCUGAUUGUAGCUGAGAUAGGCGCCAGCGCCCCCCGCGACCCCAAAAGGGAAUAAGCGGUAGAAAAUGGAUGGAUGGAUGGAUAUUGUUUGCACAAGUCUAUCAGCCGCAGUUGUACACAUUGAAAAAUACAUUUUGUUUUCAUUGCCAAUUUUAUCAAAAUAACACAGCAUUAAGUGCGUAGCAAAUUAGAAAAAGUUACUGAGUGCGAUAUUCGUCCUUAUCUUCUGCUCUCCAACGCGCAGCACUUAGUGGCUGUUUCUUGUUUCGAUGGCCGGGUCAUUCGUCUUCGUUUUGGGACUACGACUUGUGUAUUUUAUUGUGUCCUCUCCAGGAUGAUGGUGAGUCCAUAACGCACUAAACGUCUGACAAAUGAUUUGUAUGAGUGCGUUUGAUUUUAUUUGUGAUUUAAUGACAGCGCCAUCAAUUUAUUGGCGGCUUGUGAAAAAUACAUAAAUUAGCUGCAGUAUUGGAAAAAAAGUAGAGGCUUAACGUUCGGAAAUGACGCUGUUGGGCACUUGUUGGUAGGCAGAAUCUGUAGUACAUCAUUACACAACACAAAAACAGAACUAAAUGAUGAACAGACAAGCUGAACAACACAUUCUCAAUUGAAUCACUGUCAGAAAAGUUAAGAUUUUUUUUUCCACCACAGCGCCAUCUGCUGGUUGUAAAUAUUAGGUCUUAAUGUGGCCGCCGUUACGAAACUGACUUUUACACCUGUGUUCCUUUCAUUUGUCACCUAUCUGUACAUUGUUACACUUCACUGGCGCAUUCUACGUCACACUGCUAACGCAGCGCCACAAAAAACGGCGUUGAGGCUAUUCGUUAUUUUUUGAAAAAUAUUCACUUGUUGCUAGGCAGAAACAAACACUAUGAGACUUUGAAUUUAUCAUCACUUUUCUGCUUGUGUGAGAUAAUCCUUUCAUUUGUCAACUAGACUGUAUGCUAACAUUGUUGCAGUGAUUUAUUGAUUUUUUUUUCCUCCACCAUUCCACUUCACUUUGGCGCUGUGAAAUUGAAGUUACCUUGGAGGAGGACAAUGCUCAGUGUCAACUUUAGACGUUUUUGUUGACAUCAAGCCCAUGUGUGGAGAACAGCGGCAGACUCGCGGCGUUGUACCUAAACACACUCUUGAUGUUGGAGAAUGUGUUGCACCACAUUUGACAUCAUGGUUAUCACCUUUUUAAUCGGCUGGUAUUCACUUGUAAAUAGCUGACAUGUGGACAAAAAUAUCGGGACACUCGGCCUUUGCAACUGAGAGAACUUUCCGUACAAGAUUUUUUUGGGUCCAUUCGAUCUUAAGUAGCUUUUUUUUUUUUUUUUUUUUUUUUUUUUUUUUUUAGUUCUGCUCUGAUGGGGUCCUCCACGCUGAACUCAUCCAAGCAUGCGUUGAUGCUUUAAGUGUUUCUAGGAUUGUCGUCUUAGGUUUUAUUUGCGGCUUAAUGAGUAUCCAGUAACAUGAAUGUGCUAAUGUGUUUCAGGGGAAAUUGCAUUAAAUUUGCUGGAAGUCCCUUCUGGUGACGGUAAAUGGAGACGUAAUGACAGAUGAAGGGCACAUUAAUAUUCUUCUCAUUUUAUGUGCCGGUGUGUGCGGCUUUCUGAGAGCAGCCAUAAAAGACGAGUAGAGACGACGGACGCCUCCAAGUAAUCUACCAUGGCUGUCAACUCCUUGUUUUAACUUCCUGUUGUCGGACUGCUCUUUUUUCUGCACCACUCAAACAUUCAAGCAGGAAACUUUAAAGGAGGAAGGCUCAGUGACCAGUGGUGAGGUUACACCGUCCUGGUGAGGGAUAUUUGUAUUUCUUGCUCACUGGAUAUUUAUACCAUAAAACAUUUUAAAUGCCAGUAUUCAUCCAUAUCACACCUGUAAAUAAUGUAUUGUUUUCUUAAUGUAAUUUAUUUGGCUACAAUGUGCUGUCAGGCUGUGGUGUUUACAGUACAUGCUUGAUUUACGUGUAUUUUCACCAUGCUCAGUAUUAUUAUUAUAGAUGUUACCGUGCUAUUGUUAGCAUCCUUACCUUUUCUACAAGCAUUUUAGCUUGUUUUGUUUUAUUAAACCUAAUGAAUAUGUAUUUUGUUACUUGCCGCCAUCUUAAAAGUAUGUUAGCAUGCUAGCAUUUAGGCUAAUUUUGUAAAUUUUUACCUAAUAAUCAAGGAUUUCAUUAUUUUGCGCCAUGUUAAAUGGCAACCAUUUAUAGAUUCUGUUACUUGAGUUUGAGAUUUUUGUAACUUAUGCUAACUCUUAAACUAAACCAACUUUUAGCAUUUCAACAUCCAUACUCCAUUUCAGUAAAGCUUCUGCUCUCCACCUCUAAAACCAUUUUAGCCUUUAAACUAUAACAACCUUCAAACCAUUUCUACAUUUCACUAGAAUUUAGCUCUUCCACAUUCAGACCAGUUCAACAUUCAAACUAUUCUUACAUUCAAUUCAAUUCAGCUCCAGCAUUAGAGCGUUCACACGCAUUUUCCUCAGGCAUUGCUUAAUUUCGUUAUUACAGUCAAGCUCAAAUGAAAAAUGAAGGGAAAAAAGAAUAAAGAAGUCAGAGAAUAGAGUGCAAUUCAAUCAGAAUUAAUUUGUAACAUGUGAUUUUUUUUCAAAAUCAAAAUUAACUUGUAAUUAUAUGAAGAAAAUAUUGGCAUAAAGUUGUUUUGUCCAGGAAAAAUUGUAAAAUUACAUGCAUAAGCAGUCUUUGAUUGUACAUGAAUAAAGUAUAAUACUGUACUAAAUUGUACAAGAAUAAGGUACAAUCUAGUACGACAAAAAAAAUUGUCAUUUCAAUCAAUCAAAAUUUACUUACAUAGCCCUGAAUCGCGAGUGUCUCAAAGGGCUGCACAAGCCACAACGACAUCCUCGGCUCAGAUCCCACAUCAGGGCAAGAAAAAACUCAACCCAAUGGGAUGACAAUGAGAAACCUUGGAGAGGACCGC